UAUCGGAUCACACUACAGGCAUUGGAUAGAGUCUGACUGAGUCGAACGCUCGUCGCCCCCUUCCUCAGCUCGAACAAAGAGGAGCGGCAAUGACCAUGGCCGCCUCCGCCUUCCUCCUACCAUCGUUUUUCCCCAAGCUCACUCUCCUCGCCGCGCCCCUCCACCGCAGUUCCUCAAGAGGGCUCCACCUCCGCUGCUCUCCCAAUGGCGCCGCCGUGCCAGAAUCCCCCAAACCCGCCUCUCGCCGCGGCCGCAAGAAGUCCCCGUCCCCGUCGACGCCAAAGGCGAAGGCGACAAGGCGUCGAACCAAGAAGGCAGACCAGGAGUCGGAUUCUGAGGGUGAGGAGGAGCCGGCGAAGCGGACCAUCCGCCGGACAAGGAAGUCCAAGCAAGAGACCAAGCAGGAGGAAGUGGAGGCCCAGGCGGCGAUCCACGGAACGGAGAAGACGAAUCGAGAGGCCGAAGAGGAGGAUGGGGUGGAUCUGGAGAGCGACAACGACGACGGGGUGGAUUUCUCGAACGAAUGGCCGCCGCUGGUGUGCUGCUUCGGCGCGCCGCGGUGGGAGUUCGUGCCCACGGUGCGGGUGUCGGACAGACAGAUGCACCCCGACCAGUACUCCACGUGGCGGCACCUGCAGUGGGAGCCCCCGGAGUUCGCGCGCGCGCCUGGGAGCGCGGCGAGCAACGUGGCCAUCGCGAUCUCCCGGCUCGGCGGGCGAGCCGCGGUGCUGGGUAAGGUCGGCGACGACGACUUCGGCCGCGAGCUUGUCUACCGCAUGAACUGCGAGCGGGUGCAGACACGCGCCAUCAGAUUCGACGGCAAAGCGGCCACGGCCACCGCGCGCAUGAAGGUGGGCUUCCGGGACCGGGAGGACGGCAAUGGCGGCACGAAACUUGUGGCCGAGACAGUGAAGUGCUCUGCCGAGGACUCGCUCCGCAAGACCGAGGUCAAUUUAGAUGUGUUGAAAGAGGCCAGAAUGUUCCAUUUCAAUUCAGAAGUCCUAUUAACUCCCUCAAUGCACGACACACUAUUCAGAGCCAUUGAGCUGUCCAAGAAAUUUGGAAGUAAAGUAUUCUUUGAUCUCAAUUUGCCAUUGCCAUUGUGGACUUCAAGAGACGAGACGAAGGAGGUGAUAAAGAGGGCAUGGAAAGAGGCUGAUAUCAUAGAGGUGUCAAGGGAUGAGCUGGAAUUCCUCCUUGAUCAUGAGUACUAUGAAUACAAGAGGAACACUCCACCUCAGUAUUAUUUGGAAGGUUUUCAUUUCACAAGAAACUGGCCACAGUACUACCACUACACCCCUGAAGAGAUCGCUCCUAUCUGGCAUGAUGGGAUAAAGAUCUUGCUUGUGACCUAUGGGACACUUCGGAUCCACUACUACACGCCCAAAUUUCAUGGCUGUGUGGUUGGGACAGAGGACGCGCUCAUAACUCCAUACACAACUGACCGAACAGGCUCUGGGGAUGCUGUUGUUGCUGCUGCUAUUAGGAAGUUGACAAGUUGUCCUGAGAUGUAUGAGGAUCAGGAUAUAUUGGAGAGGCAACUAAGGUUUGCUGUUGCUGCUGGAAUCAUAUCACAGUGGACAAUUGGUGCCGUGCGAGGGUUUCCUACUGAGAGUGCCGCCCAGAACUUGAAGGAACAGGUCUAUGUGCCUUCUAUGUGGUGAAAUGGUAAACCAUUUGUGAUGGAACAACGACAUAUACAAUACAAGCAUACUUCAUGAAUGGUUUAACAGAACUGAACGAGAUAACUUUUUUUUUUUUUACCACGAGUCAAGAGCUAACAGGUGCCACUUAUAUGCGCCAAUUGCUCAGGGACCCUGUGCUGAAAAAGUACACCAGUACUAUGAGGAACUGGAAAGAUGAAUGUUUACCAGGAGUUGCACUGUUUGGUGUAUAUUGAUGAGUCGGAGGAAAUUCUAUCUAUGUCCAUGUUACAUGCAGUUAAGCUCGCAGUGUGUUUGAAGACCGAAGUAUCCAUUCCUCUUUAGAGUAAGUUCAUGUCACUUAAUCCUGUGUCUUUUUUGCACAAGCACCCUGGAAGAGGAUUUGCAUAAAAGUACUCCUCUUGCCUUGGACUUCGACCAGAAAACCUCUGAUAUGGACCUCCAAGUCUGUUUUCAUGAUGCAUCUUCACUUCACUUUCAAAUUCAUUCCAAUUUAUUGUACCUUCAUCAAGCUUGUCAAUGAGCUCCACAAUCUUCUUCCUAUAGAAAUAAAAAAAUUCAGCACUUUGAAUUGAGUUCUAAGUACUCAAAACAACAUUCCCAGAAAUUUACCUGUCAGGUUUAAUGGUUUUUCGGAAUCCUUCAUAUCUUCUGUGACCCUGGACUGCUUUGGCCAUAUUCCCAUCAUAUGUAUACAUAAAAACAUCACUCUGGAGGGCUACAUUGUAGUCCACAGCCGCUAGUCUGUUUUGGUACAGCUUGAGAGACUCUAAUUCAUUUACUGUUGCCAGACUAUAAUGUGUAUACACGUUUGGAUACUCAGCCUUCAAUGCAUCCAUGCUAUGUACACCAUAUAUUUCACCUGCUACAAUGUAGAUCUUCGUGCUGGAAGGAUAACCCAUAGCUUUAAGGAAAAGAGCUGCUUCACGAGGAGUCAUAGGGCAGCCACCAUGGAGUCGCUUCUCUUUACUGUUGAUUUCCUUCUCUUUCCAGUGCCGCACCUUGAGUCGCAUCUCUCUCAGUUCCUCUGUCUCUUGAUGUGUUAGGUUGUGGCUGCAGCCGGUAAAUGAGAGCAUGUCCUUCUCGUAUCUGUCAGUUUAUAAGAAAACAAAAGGUAGAUGGAUGCUUUAGUUAGGCGGCAGACAGGCAAGAGCUCAGGCUUCAUAUUGUCCAAUCAACAAAGAGCUCUUUCUUGCCCGUAUUCUAGUCAUAGAAGCACUAUUGUAGCACUUCGUGAGGAUAGGAUCGAUUGAUGUAAACUCUCACUUUAUGUCCUUUCCUGUUUUUAGCUCUCCUUUUCUUUUAUUUUCUUUUUUGGAAGGCUAAGGAACGCAACAGUCACAUUUUCUUCCCUAGAAGCUCAUGUAGAUUUUUUUUUGUCUUAAGAAUUAGACGGCGUGAGGAACCGCCAAAAUUUUGUUCAUGUGCAGGAUUUGGUAUUUGCUCUGGAUAUCUGUCUUGAUUUUGAAAUGGCAAACUUGUCUGUAGUCU